AUGUCGUCGAGUGAAUGUAUACGGAAUCAGUUUGCUGACGUUUUUGAAGGCGAUGGUCUCAUCGAGGGAGAAGUACAUUUAGAGGUGGAUCCAAGCGCCAAGCCGCACCAGCAAGUGGCCGACACACAAGAUGAGCAAGUGUACGCGAUACAACAGACAAAACAAUUCGCUGAAAUGUGCAUGCAAAUUCAAAAUAUCAAUCUCUUAAGUGAAGUAUCACUGAAUGAUGAUCAUCUAACGAGUAUUCGCUCAGAGAGUGAGCAGGAUCCGGAAAUUCGCCAGCUAAUGGAAACUUGCCAGAAAGGUUGGCCAAAUGAAAAGUCAGCAGUAAGAACGAUAAUUCAGCGUUACUGGAAUAUACGCGAUGAGAUCACAAUCUGUGAUGGAAUAUUACUACGCGGUGAUAGAAUCAUCAUACCGAGAAACUUAAGAGCACAAACUAUUGAGGCCCUACAUUAUGGACAUACGGGAAUCGAAUCCUGCUUACGUCGAGCUCGAGAAACAGUUUAUUGGCCAAAUAUAAUUGACCACAUCAAAAAUGUCAUUCAAAAUUGUCAAACGUGUUGGGAAACGUCGACAAGUCAGGCCAAGCUGCCACUGCAGUCGUCACCGAUUCCGGAGUUGCCAUUUCAACGUGUUAAUAUGGACCUGUGCGAAGUUCAACGACAGACAGGUAACUCCAAAGAAAUUUUGCUAAUUGUUUCCGACUCAUUCUCAGACUGGAUAGAAGUGGAAGAGCUUCGAAGUAUGACAGCCUCAACAAUAGUGUUAGCUUGCAAACGGUUAUUUAGUAGGCAAGGAAUACCAUCGGUAGUCGUAGCGGAUUCGGGUACGCAAUUCAACAGUAGAGAGUUUCUAAAGUUCGCAAGAAAUUGGGCUAUGAAAGUAGCUUUGUCGUCACCACAUCACCAUCAAGGAAAUGGGAAAGCAGAGCCGGCAGUCAAAAUCGUCAAACGUAUCUUUCGGCGAGCAGAUAAAAGUGGACAAGAUCGUUGGCUAGCGCUGUUAGAAUGGCGUAACACACCCAACCACAUGCAGACAAGCCCAGCCCAAUGGCUAUAUUCACGUCGUUUAUGA